AUGUACGUCAAAUUCUCUCUCUUCCCCCCUCUCUCUCUCUUCCCCCUUCCCAGUCUUACCCCGCCGAUCGCCGCGGCCCGGCCGCAGCCCUGUCUCAGGGCCGCGUGCUUCUCCCACGCCUUCUGCAAGCGUGACGCCUCUCCCCUCCCCGUGCGUCAUGAUCGCGUUGCCGCCCUGCUGGUCAAGAACAGCCCCUGCGCCGAAGAGGAGUGGGUCGACAUUCUGUCUGGCCUCCUGACGCAGAACCCCGGUAAGGGCGUUGAGGCCAUCGCCACGGUGGAGAGCGAGGUCGCCAUCACUAUCACCGUGAGGCGGCGUGUCAAGGGUAUCACGCAACGCCUGGGCACGCUGGAGCUCAAGCACAAUGCCGACGAGGAGAUCGAGCUCUUUGAUUGGUGCGGCCUCGCGGCAGCUGCCGUCGUGCAGGCCAACGUGACGCUCGCCGCCGUCACGACCAAGCAGACCGAGCUGGAGGCGUCGGUGUGGCAGCUCAAGAGCCAGCUCGACGAGCUCGUCGAGGCGAAGAGGACGGACGAGACGGAACUGCUGCUUAAGUUCGCGACCUGCUCAACGCGAAAAAGACAUCACAGCCAGGCAAGGCGGGCCAAGACUGCUGGCCAGGGGCGCACGGCGACCAGGUCACGGGCAUCGAAGAGGAAAGCAGCAGCACCCGCGGCGGAGGACGACGACGACGGGUCAGACGACGGGUUUGAGAAGAUGGACGUCGACACGGCCGUCAGCAAGGAGGCUGACGCAGAAAUGUCUGACCAGCAGCGAGACACGACGGACGAUGAAACAGAGACGGCAAGCGAGCAUGACGAAGACGAAGACGAUGCGGAGGAAGAGGAGACAAAGCCGGCGCAACAACCGGCGAGAGUGCAGGAGGACGAUGCGCCGCCGCCUGCGCGAGCCCUGCCGUUCAUGAAGAAGACGGCAAAGAAGGCCGCGCCUGCGCCGCCGCCCACUGGUAGCGAGACCGAGUCGGAUGAUGAAUUGUAA